CAUUCACCAAGCAAAGUAUUCUCCAGGCGAGAGAUCGAUCAGACCAGGGAAGCUUAGCCAUGGUUGGACCAGGAAGGCCCCAAAUCGUCCUUUUCGGUUCUUCAAUCGUUCAGUACAGCUUCAUCAAUGGUGGCUGGGGAGCCACUCUCGCUGACGUCUACUCUCGCACGGCUGACAUCAUCCUUCGUGGUUACGGUGGUUGGAACUCCAGAUAUGCCUUAAAGGUCCUUGACCAAGUCUUCCCAAAGGAUGCUGUAGUACAACCUUCUUUGGUGAUAGUCUACUUCGGUGGGAAUGAUUCAAAGGCUCCUCAUCCAUCAGGCCAUGGACCUCAUGUUCCUCUAUCUGAAUUCGUUGAAAACAUGAGGAAGAUUGGGGAGCAUCUUUUGAGCCUUUCGGACAAGACCCGUGUCAUUUUUCUCUCUCCCCCACCAAUGAAUGAGACACAAAUCCAAUUAGUUUUUGGAAAUGCAAUAAAAGGACGGAGUAACGAAGCUUGCCGUCCAUAUGCAGAAGCCUUGUUGAAUCUAUGCAAUGAGAUCAAUGUAAAAAGUGUUGAUCUUUGGAACGCAAUACAGCAACAAGACGAUUGGUUGAACACCUGCUUCACAGAUGGGAUCCAUUUCACAGCCAAGGCAAGCGAGGUUGUCGUGAAGGAGGUAUUGAAGGUAGUGAAAGAAGCGGAUUGGAAACCGUGUCUUCACUGGAAGUCGCUACCAGUUGAGUUUCCCUUUGAUUUUGGUGUACCAAACUCCCUAAGCCUUAGUGAGAUAGAGUUAAUGAGAAACGACCAGUUGGAGCCAGCCCCUAGUGCGACUCUUCUGUAAAACGUUAAUAGAACAUGCUACUGGAGUGGUGUACCAGUUUCACGCUUUGUUUGCAUGCUUUGUUUUGAAUCGUUGUCUUCGGAUCUUAACAAGGUCUUUGAAUAACAUGUAAGACUAUCAUGUAAGUUCACAUAUGUUGGGGUUUCAACUUUCAAGUACUUAAGGUGUCUUUUUUCACAAAUAUAUCCCACAGUUUUGACAUGGGCUGACAGUGCAAAACCAUU